AUGACCGCCGCCGGGGCUGCGCCGCCCGUCACUAGGUUUUCCGAUCUAUACUUGAUCGGUUUACGUCACCCGCCGCCGCCGUCGACACCCCGCGCCUCUACUCCGACACCCGCGCGACCGGCCGGCUACUUCACCGACCCGUCGGCCUCGCGCGACAGGCAGCCCUCAAGGCCGUCGUCCACGCGCCGGCCCGCCCGUCGCCCUGCACCGGCCGUCACCGCCCUGCUCCGACCGGGACACCUGCUUCGCCUACACCCGGCGGCCUCACGCCAUGCGGCGGCCAAUCAUAGCCGCCGCUCGCGCGUCGGCCCGCCAAUCGAUCCACGCCACCCGCCUCCGCCGCUUCUGCACGGCGGCCCGGCGGUCUACCUCGCCGGCCUCGUCCUCGGCUGCGUCGGGACGGCUGCGUCAGGCUCGUCGGCUGCCUCAACUCAGGCGCCGCUGCUCCGUUGGUCGCUCGGGCCUCGCUACCCGGGCGCCGGCGCUGCUUUGGCAGUCCGGGUGCCGGUGCUGACAAGCUCGCCCGCACGACGUCCCACACCGUCCGUCGUCACCGGCCUCAUCUCAGACUCCGCCGCCACUUCGCCUCCACCGAGCGCCGUCCCCGACCUCGCGCUCGAUCGGCUUGAUCACCCGCUCGCCGCCGCGAUCCACCUCAUCUACGCCGCGCGACCGACCUGGCCCGUCGGUUACGCGCGCCUCCGCAGGUCCCGUGAAGAUCGUCCCCGAGUAUAG